CACACACACACGUUCUGCACAACGCAAGCCACUGAUGCAGCUUAUACCCCAGGCUGUAAUUAACCUGGGUAGGUGUGUUCUCUGAGCAUUGUGCUGAAAGCACGUCUUCGUGUUUCCUCGAGGUCGCCAUAACGCCGGCUUUUGUGUCAUUUUUGUGUGUCAUUGAUCGGCGGUUCGAGCUUUGCGCGAUCCUGUUCAUCCGCCUUGCAGUGUGUGAGGCUGCUGUAGACACACAGACACGCACAGAGACGCACAGAGAAGCUCGUCUUCUCCUUUUCUUCUCUCCUUCGUCAUUUAAUCCACUUCAACCUGAGUGCGUCCGGAGGAGCCCUAGAUCCGCAGUAGAUCCGCCAUCAUCUUUACGGAAUAAGUCUCCUCAUUUGCUCAGUCUCUCUCUCCCCCUCUCUCUGUCUCUCUCUCUUUCACGUACAGACACGGUUAUUUCGUUCAGCUUCUCUAUGAAGCUAUUGCGCGCACUGCAAGCGCGCACUGCUCUGCAUUCGCCUGGACGCUUUGGUUGGUUGUGCAUGUGAUUUCUCUAUUUUUGAUACUCGGGACUGUUCGUUUUGUUUUUGUUUUUGUUUUAAAAAAAAGGAGAAAAAUGGCACGAUUGAGUGCGGUUCCUCUUUUCUUCUGGCUUUUGGGCAGAUCUCUUGCUGGAUUUCCAAACCAGAUAAACAUAGGUGGGCUCUUCAUGCGCUCAACGGUGCAAGAACACAGCGCUUUCAGAUUUGCUGUGCAGCUCUACAACACCAACCAGAACAUGAGCGAGAAGCCCUUCCAUCUGAAUUACAACGUGGAUAACCUGGAGUCCUCCAACAGCUUCUCUGUCACUCAUGCCUUCUGCUCUCAGUUCUCCAGAGGAGUCUACGCCAUCUUCGGCUUCUAUGACAAGAAGUCCAUGAACACGCUGACCUCCUUCUGUGGUGCCCUCCACACCUCCUUCAUCACGCCCAGUUAUCCAAUCGACUCUGAUGUCCAGUUCGUCAUCCAGAUGCGCCCGCCCCUAAAGGGGGCCGUCCUAAGUCUCCUGACCUAUUAUAGGUGGGAGAAGUUCGUGUACCUCUACGAUACAGAUAGAGGAUUCUCCAUACUCCAAGCCAUAAUGGAGGCAGCAGUGGCAAACAACUGGCAGGUGACAGCUCGAUCAGUGGGGAGUGUGACAGACCCACAGGAGUACAGGCGCAUCCUCGAGGAAAUGGACAGAAGGCAGGAGAAGCGCUAUCUCAUUGACUGUGAAGUGGACAGGAUCAACGUCAUCUUAGAGCAGGUCGUGACCCUGGGCAAGAACAGCCGAGGCUACCAUUACAUCCUGGCCAAUCUGGGAUUCUCCAAUGUGAGCCUGGACAAGGUGUAUGUCGGCGGCGCAAACAUAAGUGGCUUUCAAAUAAUCAAUCCUGAAAACCCUGUCGUGCAGCAGUUCCUUCAGCGCUGGGAUCGGUUAGAUGAAAGAGAAUUCCCAGAGGCGAGAAACACACCUCUGAAGUACACCUCUGCAUUGUCCUACGAUGCCAUCCUGGUGAUAGCCGAGGCGUUCCGGUACCUGCGGCGCCAGCGCGUGGAUGUCUCAAGGCGGGGCAGCGCUGGAGAUUGCCUGGCCAAUCCAGCAGUUCCCUGGAGUCAAGGCAUCGACAUCGAGAGGGCUCUCAAAAUGGUCCAAGUGCAAGGGAUGACUGGCAAUAUCCAGUUUGACAGUUUCGGCCGCAGAUCAAACUACACUAUCGACGUUUAUGAGAUGAAAGCAGGCGGGCCAAGAAGGAUCGGGUACUGGAACGAGUUUGAGCGCUUUGUAAAUAUAAUGGAUCAGCCAUACAGCAACGAUUCGUCCUCAGUGGAAAACCGAACAAUUGUGGUCACUACUAUUAUGGAAGCGCCAUAUGUGAUGUACAAGAAAAACCAUAUGCAUCUGGAAGGCAAUGACAAGUAUGAAGGCUACUGUGUCGAUUUAGCUUCCGAGAUAGCCAAACACGUUGGGAUUAAGUACAGACUAUCUAUAGUCAUGGACGGCAAGUAUGGCGCCCGCGACCCAGAGACCAAAACAUGGAACGGGAUGGUGGGUGAACUAGUAUAUGGGAGAGCCGACAUAGCCGUCGCACCACUGACUAUAACACUGGUUCGAGAAGAAGUGAUUGAUUUUUCUAAGCCCUUCAUGAGCUUGGGCAUUUCUAUUAUGAUCAAGAAACCUCAGAAGUCCAAGCCAGGCGUGUUCUCCUUCCUGGACCCACUGGCGUACGAGAUCUGGAUGUGCAUUGUGUUCGCCUACAUCGGCGUGAGUGUGGUGCUGUUCCUCGUGAGCCGCUUCAGUCCGUACGAGUGGCAUCUGGACGAGACAGAUGAAGCCAAAGACCCCCAGACUCCUCCCGACCCGCCUAAUGACUUUGGGAUUUUUAACAGCCUGUGGUUCUCUCUGGGGGCAUUCAUGCAGCAGGGCUGUGAUAUCUCACCAAGGUCCUUAUCGGGCAGAAUAGUGGGAGGCGUCUGGUGGUUCUUCACCCUCAUCAUCAUCUCGUCCUAUACUGCUAACCUGGCUGCCUUCCUCACAGUUGAGAGAAUGGUCUCGCCCAUUGAGAGCGCGGAAGAUCUAGCCAAACAAACCGAGAUUGCCUAUGGAACGCUGGACUCAGGUUCUACCAAAGAGUUCUUUAGGCGCUCGAAAAUAGCAGUGUAUGAAAAAAUGUGGUCAUACAUGAAAUCUGCCGAGCCAUCUGUUUUUGCCAAGACCACGCCGGAUGGGGUGGCCCGGGUGCGAAAGUCGAAGGGCAAGUUUGCCUUUCUGCUGGAGUCCACCAUGAAUGAGUACAUCGAGCAGAGGAAGCCGUGCGACACCAUGAAAGUCGGAGGAAAUCUCGACUCUAAAGGCUAUGGUGUGGCGACCCCCAAGGGCUCAGCAUUAAGAAACGCUGUUAACCUGGCAGUUUUAAAACUGAAUGAGCAAGGCCUCUUGGACAAAUUGAAAAACAAAUGGUGGUACGACAAGGGAGAGUGCGGCAGCGGGGGAGGUGACUCCAAGGACAAGACAAGUGCUCUGAGUCUGAGCAAUGUAGCUGGAGUCUUCUAUAUUCUGGUUGGUGGUCUGGGGCUGGCCAUGAUGGUGGCUUUAAUAGAAUUCUGUUACAAGUCACGUGCUGAAGCUAAAAGGCUGAAACUUGAAAAAAACGCCCAAAACUUUAAGCCUGCCCCGCCAACCAACACUCAGAACUUUGCUACAUACCGAGAAGGCUACAAUGUGUAUGGGACAGAGAGUGUUAAGAUCUAGAGAUGCAGGCCCUGCGAACUUUCGUGUCAGCCUUGAUGAUUGUGACAAGAAAACCUUAAAAAGCGAUGGCUGGAUCUUUAAGAGGUCUCACCCUCUUUCCCCUUCCUACUCCAUCCACAUUCAUCAUCUGAAAGAAAGACAGGAGUAGACUUUAUCUUUGGAAAGAACCUGGACGUUUCCUUCAGUGCCUUAUGGAACAUUCUGAGAAUCACUCGAAUGUAAGCUCAUCAUGGUGACAUCCCAUUGCUCCGAUAACACGUGAAACACAUGAAGGAAUGCCAUUGCCAUCUGUGAAUGAACUCUUGAACUGCAUAACUCCAUGGAAAUCGAGAAACAAAGCCAUCACUUGUGAUCUGAGCACAUUCAGAAGAGCCAGACUGAAAACUGUGUUGGAGACAGCGAGUCUCGUGGUAUUGGUACACUGCUGGACUUGGUUAUCGAUGGAAACUUAACAAAAAAAAAAAAAAAAAAAAAAAAACAACAAACAAACAAAAAAUGCUUGUAUUUCAUCAACUGUAAAUUUGCUUUCACAAUCACAGUAACUGAUAAAAGCAUUAAUUUAUCAAAUUUUCAAUUCUUUCUAAUAGAAAUCACUUAAUGUGAGAGACUGAGAUUAUAUGCUGUUACUUGAGUAGUGUCAUUGUUUAUUAGUUUUUUUUUUAUUAUUUGAUGCUGCUGAUUUGUCAAAUAUUUAGGAAACUCUUAUGUAUCAGACCCCAGAGAAGCAAGUUACAUAAAACACCUGGCUAUCAGGAACUGACAAUAAAUGCACAUUGUGUAAAAUUAAUAUGACCAAAAAUAUACAAUGAAAAAAAAAACAAAAGGUGAGGACAUGUGCAAUCACUUGCAUUAUACACAACCUGACACUCACUUCACAUACACUUUAGUUAAAACCUUCCAAAAAACCGUGUCUUCAGUAUUUGAAUUAAUUUACAUGGAUUUCUUUUUAUAAAUGUCUAUUGUACGAGAAACUGAAGCUCCAGUACAGAAAAGGGAUCAUCUACAUGUAGAUAAAUUGCAAUCCAUGAAAAAGGACAUGGCUUUUAAAAUGUAGUAUUUGAGUACCUUGCAAUUUUCUCAAUAUACUAAACAUUUAAAUAAAGCUUUGGGUUUUAGUUUCAUUUUACACUCAUUUUAGUGUUGGAUGACCUACUUAGUAAAAUAGCGUUAAUGACAUUUAAACUAGAUUUAUAAAUGGUGUUAACAGGGGAAAUCUUAAAAGCUUAGCACAUUUACAUUAUGCUGUUACACUUUCUGUUUACUAUAAGAAAAAAACUGUGACUCCAUAGGAUUUAGGAAUGCUAACAAUCCUGAAUCCAUGGAAAGAUAAGUUUUAUAUAGAAAAGAAGCUUUCAAAGAAUUUAAAAAGGAACUAAACUACUAUGAAGAAAUGUACAUUUGUUAAAACAAACUUUCUAGCCGCCUGCAGGAUUGAGUUGAAUUCCCUUUUUUUUCAAUCUGCAUGUGAAAAAUUUGUGAUUGCCUAUUAAGCCCUGAAACCUACAUCUUAGAAAGGUCAAGAGGAGUAAGACAAUUUUCUAUUUGACAUUUUACCCUUUCUUCCUUUCCUGUUUUUGCACCUCAGCCCAGAGAACCUUAGCAGGCAUCCUAGUGACGAAAAAAGACAGAAAUGCAUGCAUGGGUCUAAUUUACUGAAACCUCUUUAGUGAGGCCUUGUACAAAGUAUUUUAAUAUAUUUUGUAAAUAAAACCCAUAUAAAACA